AUGGGAAUCGAACUCAGUACCUUUGGCAUUGCAAGCACCAUGUUCUACCAACUGAACCACAAGGAGCUCUACACAAGCCUGAAAAGACAUGAGAGGAUCCACACAAGAGAUCCGCUUUUCCAAUGCUCCCAGUGUGAAAAUUGUUUUUCCUUGUUAGCAAGCUUGAAAAGACAUGAGAGGAUACAUACAGGUGAUAAGACUUUCCACUGCUCCCAGUGUGAGAGGAGCUUCACACGGUUAGGGAACCUGAAAAAACAUAAAAGAAUACACUCAGGAGAAAAACCUUUCCACUGCUCCCAGUGUGGAAAGGGUUUUACAGAGUUAGGGAACCUGAAAAGACAUGAGAGGACACACACAGGAGAUAAGCCUCAUCGCUGCUCCCAGUGUGGAAAAAGUUUUACCCAGUUAGCACACCUGAAAGUGCAUGAGAGAAUCCACACGGGAGAAAAGCCUUACCAAUGCUCAGACUGUGGAAAGACAUAUUCCUCAUCAGAACGCCUCAAUAAACACCGACGGACACUUACAGGGAAGAAACCGAUCUGCUGCUCUGAAUGUGGGAAGACUUAUUCAAGAUCAGAUUCACUAAAAUUACACCUGAGAAUUCACACAGGUGAGAAGCUUUUCAACUGUGAUCAAUGUGGGAAGAGAUGCACGUCUUCAUCGGAACUUAAAAUACACCAGAGAAUCCAUACAGGAGAGAAACCUUAUCGCUGCUCACAGUGUGGCAUGACUUUCUCCAGAUCACAUUCAUUGAAAUCACACCUGAGAAUUCAUACAGGAGAGAAAAGUUAUGGCUGUGCUCAAUGUGGGAAGAGUUUUGCUACCUCAGCUAACCUGACUGCACACCAGAGAAUACACACCGGAGAGAAGCAUUACCACUGCUCUGACUGUGGAAUAAGCUUAACCACGUCAAGGGGACUACUACUACACCAGAGAACACACACAGGAGAGCAACCUUAUAGCUGUUAUCAUUGUGGGAAGAGUUUUGCUCAGUCAAAUAACCUGAUAUCACACCAGAGAACUCACACGGGAGAGCAGCCUUAUAGCUGUUAUCAAUGUGGGAAGAGUUUUGCUCAGUCAAAUAACCUGAUAUCACACCAGAGAACUCACACGGGACAGAAGCCCUAUAGCUGUGAUCAGUGUGGGAAGAGUUUUACUCAGUCAACCAACCUUAAAUCCCACCAGAGAACUCACACUGGAGAGAAGCCUUAUAGCUGUGAUCAAUGUGAGAAGAGAUACUCUGAUUUAAGAGAUCUGAUUAAACAUCAGAAAAUGCACACAGUAGAUCCACAGAGAGUGGAAUGUCCAACACCAGACCUGGGUAGUAGAACACACAGAGUGGAAUGUCCAACACCAGAUCUGGGUAGUAGAACACAGAGAGUGGAAUGUCCAACACCAGACCUGGGUAGUAGAACACAGAGUGUGGGAUAUACUCCAACACCAGACCUGGGUAGUAGAACACAGAGUGUGGAACGACGGGGGACGGGGAGGUUGGCUCGGGUUAGUUGA